AUGGGAGGAGUUGCCACUCGUCAGUGUCUCCUGCGACCUAGUGAUAUGGGACCCUUUGAACAAGUAUGGUAUUUCCUCGAGGCACUUUAUUUAGAGCAGAGAAACAUCGACUGUAUCACUACCAUGUUUAUGGAUGGAGGAGUGCCUUGUCUUUCCGGCCGGACGAGGUAUCCUUGGAGCACAUAUGCUGUAUUCCUUACAACCCCCUUUCAGCUGACCCUAAUAACUGAACCUCUCCUGAUAUGGCUCUGCCACAAGAGGACUGAGACAUAUGCCGCCCCAUAUCUUCCCUCAAUGGCGCAGCUCUUUGCAUUUAUCGCUUUCACCAAAUUCGUCAAGCUGGUUGGCCAUUACCGGCGGCAUCCGCGGGAUCUUCUCUUGUUGCCCGUCUCCAUCCUCUUCGGCUAUGUCCACAGUUUGAUCAAGAUAUACUCAUUUUUCACCCUUAGCAAGGCUACAUGGGGCAAUCGAAAGGAUGCUAAUAUCAAGCUGUAG